CAUUCUCAUUUCUCACCUCUACGCUUCUUUACCGUUUAUUCGUUCUUUCAAGAGCAAGCGACACAGAAAUUGCAGAGAGAGAAUGGAGAAGGCUAUGGCUUUUCUGCUGCUACUGUUUUUAUCUCAUUUAACUUGCUCGAAUGCCGAUGAAGCUUUCGAUGUUCGGCAACAUCUUUCUACCGUGACCAGAUAUGGUGUCGUAAAAGAAGUUGCUGAGAAUUCCUUUGUACCUUCCAAUGUUCCUGAUGGAUGUAAUCCCAUCCACUUAAAUCUCGUGGCAAGGCAUGGAACUCGUGCUCCUACAAAGAAACGGAUAAGAGAGUUGGACACUUUGGAAGCUCGUCUAAAAGUACUUCUAAGAGGUGCUGCAGAACAGAAAUUGUCUUUGGAAAAAGUUCCUCCCUGGUUACGAGGAUGGGAAUCUCCUUGGAAAGGAAAGUCAAGGGGUGGAGAACUAAUUAUCAAAGGGGAGGAUGAACUGUAUGAUCUUGGUAUCAGGAUUAGAGAAAAAUUCCCAGAUAUGUUUAAUGAGGAAUACCACCCUGACGUGCAUGCAAUAAGGGCAACUCAGGUUCCUCGGGCGUCAGCUAGUGCUGUGGCAUUUGGAAUGGGGCUCUUCAGUGGGAAAGGAAGUCUUGGACCAGGACGUCAUCGAGCUUUUGCUGUCACUAGUGAAAGCCGUGCAAGUGAUAUAUUGCUAAGGUUUUUCGAUUCUUGUGAAAACUACAAGGAUUUCAGGAAAAGGCAGGAGCCUGCUGUUGAUAAGCUUAAGGAACCUAUCUUUGGUGAAAUUACCUCUGCAUUAGUGAGUCGCUAUGGGUUGAAUUUUACGAGGCAGGAUACCUCUUCUCUAUGGUUUCUGUGCAAACAGGAAGCAUCCUUGCUGGACAUUACUGAUCAAGGUUGUAGUCUUUUCAGCCCUUUCGAGAUUGCUUUGUUGGAGUGGACAGAUGACCUGGAGCUGUUUAUAUUGAAGGGUUAUGGUAAUUCCUUGAACUAUCAAAUGGGAGUACCAUUACUUCAAGAUGUUUUGCAAGCCAUGGAACAAGCUAUCAAGGCCCAAGAAGAAAAACAUGCUUGCGGAAGCUAUGAAAAGGCAAGACUUCGGUUUGCACAUGCGGAAACUGUGGUUCCGUUCUCAUGUCUGCUUGGACUUUUUCAUGAAGGAUCUGGAUAUGAACAAAUACAAAGGGAGCAGCCCUUGGAACUUCCUCCAAAGCCACCCCAAAAGAGAAAUUGGAGGGGCAGCACUGUGGCACCUUUUGCUGGGAAUAACAUGCUGGUUCUGUACAGCUGUCCAGCUAACUCUUCAAGCAAGUACUUUGUGCAAGUACUGCACAAUGAAUAUCCCAUUCCAAUGCCGGGUUGUGAUGGUUCUGACUUCUGUCCGCUCCAAGUUUUUAAGGAAAGAAUAGUUGCUCCUCAUCUAAAGAUCGAUUAUAAUACAGUCUGCACUGUAAAGCUGGAAAAACCAGAGCAGAACCCUUCUAUAACCAGUAAGUUAUCACUGCUGUUCCGUUGGCCCUUCCUGCUGGGGAAUGAUGAUAAACAGUCUCGCAAAGAUGAUUUGUAGUUAAUUCUUCAAGAAAGGAAAGAAAUAUUCUUGGUUUCUUUUUCCUUGUUGGCGCUGCCUUGUUAACAUGAAUUUCAGCCACAGCCUCCUAGUAGCAGAGGUCGAUUUUGGGGGGGGGGGGCUUCCACUGUUAAUACAAAAACAUGUUUCUCAUGACUUGAGUUUUCUGGUUCGAACACUAAUCCUAAUCCAGAAGUUUUAAAUCUGGAGUAUUGGAGGUAAGGAGCGUCAUGUUGUUUAAUUCUUUUCCAGGUUGCAAUCCGAACACAAAUUAGCGACUCCUUGGGUCCAGGUUUUGCCUGAUUUAAGUACUUUUGGGAAGUAGGUGUCAUUUUGCAGUUUA